AUGCCCCUCCUUUGCGGCUGCUUCGCGUCUUCCGCUUCGCAGCGUCCACGUGUCCAAACUCAGGUCCCCUCUGAUCCGCAGGCGGGCUUUGUACGGAGAGAUGACCACGUGGACCCGCCUCAAUAUUCCAAUGAUCCCGCCCUGGAAGGGGUGGAGGGCUACCUUCCUGUCGUUCCGCUUCCGAGAUAUACUCCCCGUCCUGUGAGCGUCCAUGAGAAGACACUCCAGCUGAGCCCAGAUCAGGAUGCUCCUGGCGCUGCCAUUCGCCGAGAUCCAGAUGAGAAGAACAAACGGGAUUUUGAAGAUCCUCCAACGCAGUCAGCGGAGAAUCCCAAUGCUGACGACGCAUCAUCCACAUUCUCCAUCCCCAGCAGCUUUGGUCACACGUCGACGGAAACAAGGGAUACGCCGCCGCCUCCGUACGAAUCUUAUCACAUGACCGGUGACCAACGGAGAAGGUCGUGGAACAGUCAAUGA